GGAGCAAAAGCCUAAGGAGACCUUCCAAGCGCCUUCUUCCACUGCCAGACCCUAUAAUAGCCUAUAAUAGUUUCAGCGGCAUCUACCGCUGGGGGCGGCUUUGCAGCUCGAUCCUUUGCUCCUCUGCCUGGGCAAACAGCACUUGAGCAAUGAUGUACUUCAUUAAAAGCAUAUAAGCACAGUUAAUCAGGCGCGCCGUGAUUUGUUCGCAAAUGGCCCGUCAGUUAUGCAUACAGUUUCUUCUCGCCGCCUUUCUUCUCCUUGGGUUGAGGCAUGUUCAUGCGGCGCCAGCAUCGAAAGUCCCCAAAGGAGUCAAUGUGGUGCUCCGAUCAAAAUGGGAGGGCACUCCGCUGUUGUUGGAGGCAGGGGAGCUACUGGCGGAACAUGAUUCACCGUCCUUCUGGCACUUCCUAGACGCCUGGACUGCGCAAACCCCAACCCCCAAUCUGGAGUCCAAUGACUCCUGGUGUGCGGAACAGAUCCUAAGCCAGGCUACCCAGAACUUCACCCAACCUCAGGCCUCUCUCUUCCACCUCUCCCUCUCCCUCCGCUUAGCCUCUCCAAAACUAGUGGUCUACCGGCAGCUCGCAUCAGAGUCGCUCGAAAGGCUUGGGUUGGCGUCGCUUGCCACCACUGCGAAAAGCAAGGACGAUGAGCGGUGGAAAGUGACCAGGAAUCCUGCCUCUCCGGGGGGGGCCAUGUGCUGCUGGGUGGAGGCCCCUGGGAAGAGUGUCCUGCGAACCGCACGAGAGCUAGAGGAAGAACUUGCGGAGGAGAGCGGAGCAACUGCGGAAGAAGUUCCGCGAUAUGCUUUUGAUCAUGUGCAUCCGGCGUCCAAGCGGGGGGCAAGGUUGUUUGUGCUGUACGGGGCGCUGGGAACCCCCUGCUUUGCGGAGAUGCACCGGGUGCUCUCGGAAGCGGUGCAGAGCGGCAAGGGCGUCGCGUACAUCUACAGGCCUGUCCUACCCUCUGGGUGUGAAUCCGCAGCCAGUCCCUGUGCCCGGAUCGGCACCCAAAAGCCCGUCGAUCUUGCUGGCUUCGGCGCUGAGCUCGCGCUCAAAAACAUGGAAUACAAGGCCGCCGAUGACUCUGAGGUCAAGAAGGACGGCAGCGUCACAUCUGACGGGCCAGCGGCUGAGGACCUGACACAGGAAGUGAACGGGUUCAUCUUCUCGAAGCUGGUCGAGCGGCGGCCCGACAAGGAGGCGGAGCUGCUGACGUUCCGUGACGUGCUGCUGUCGUCAGGCGCCGCGGACGACUCCGAUAAGAUCAGCGUCUGGGAGCUCAAGGAGAUUGGGCUGCAGGCCGUGCAACGAAUCGUGCAGGCGCGGGAGCCGCUGCGUUUGAUGCAGGACAUCAACCAGAACUUCCCCAACGUCGCGUCCUCCCUCUCGCGCACCCCGCUCAACGCGAGCGUCCGCGCCGAGAUCGAGGCCAACCAGAAGAUGGUCGCCCCGGGGCGCACGCUCCUCGCCAUCAACCGCGCGCUCGUCCCCGACGUCGACUCCCUCGACCUCUUCUCCCUCAUCGACCGCGUCUCCGCUGACGUCACCCUCGGCGCGGCCCUCGCGCGCCUCGGCCUCCCCGCUGACGUCAGUGGGGAGCUGCUGGCGCUGCCGGAGCCGCCGGAUGACGUCGGCGGAGUUCGGGUGGACUUCCAGGGGGACGGCGUGCACUGGCUGAACGACAUUGAGAGCGACUCGCAGUACCGGAUGUGGCGGUCGAGCUUGCAAGAGCUACUGAUGCCAACGUAUCCGGGGCAGCUGCGCCAGAUCCGCCGCAACCUGUUCAGCGCCGUGUUUGUGCUUGACCCCGCAUCGACGGCCGCGCUCAAGAUCUUCCCGACCGUCAUGCUGUUCUACCAGCGCAGCAUCCCCGUGCGCUUCGGCGUCAUGCUCGUGUCGCCGACGCAUCUGGCGGGGAUUGAAAGGGAGGAGGAAGGGCAAGCAGUUGCGGCCCCCGCGAAACUGGCCGAGGAUCUGUCGGAGUUGGUGACGCAAGUGUUUCUGUAUCUGGAAGAGGAGCUGGGAAGGGAGCAUGGCUUCAGGUUCUUGGCCGAGUUGGCCCGCGCAUGGGGCGGCGACGCUGACGAGUUCGAUGACUUCACCGAUGACGUCAGCAACGACUCCCCGCUCACCCUCGCCCACGUCGAGGCGGCUUAUGCCGCGUUGGUGCGGCAGACCAGGGGCAGCGUCAAGAGGAAGAAUCUGGGAGACUUUCUAGCGGGCAUCCAUGGGGAAACGUACAGGGAGGGAAGCCUAGCGGGUACGGAGUUCGCCCACAAAAAGGGGCUGGCGGCCGCGGCGCCGGUGAUGCUGAUGAACGGGAAGGUGCAUCCUGCGGGAGACGUCCAGGCGACACUGGUGCAGGCAAUCCAGGAGGAGACUCAAUACAUCCAGCAAGAGUACUACUACGGCCGCCUGAAAGAGCGCAUGAACAUCCUCGAAUACGUGCUCCACUCCGGGAGCCAGCCCCGCUACUCCCCGCUCAUUCUCAAGCGUAACGCCCAGCCCUCGGACGCCUCCGAGCGUUACGUCUCUCUGGCGGGCUCGGUAGCCGACCAAACCCGGUUCAUUUCGUACCUGCACCACCCCGGGACUGCUGAUGACGUUAAGCCGGUUACGCACUGGGUUGUCGCUAACCUGGGCGGGAAGAGGGGCUUGGGGGUUUUGAAGCAGGCUGUGGGACACGUGGCAGGCGCUGACUCGGCGCAAGCGCGGCUGGCGGUGCUGUUGAACGGGGAGGGCGAGCCAGGGGCGCUGGAGAGGGUCGUACUUGCGGCGCUUCAGGUCCCCAGCCGGCGUCAGAAGAUCGUCCCCUUCCUCCAGCGCCUCCUUUCCAGCGGCGCCCUUGUAGAGUCGCUCCGCUCUGCUACCGGCCCCGUCUCCACAGAGACCACCGACUUUGUCCUGCGCCUCGCAGCAGAGGCCGGCCUGCGUGAAGCCGACCUCCGGUCGUCACUUACCGAACCCGCAUCACUUUCACAAAUGCUAGAGGAUCAUCGUCGAUUCUGCGAGGACGUCCUGGGGCUGCCACGUGGCACCAGCGCAGUGGUCACGAACGGGCGCGUCACGGCGCUCCCCGACUCGGCCCCUGCGCUGCACGCCGACGACUUCUCGCUCCUCGAGAGCCUAGAACUGCGCGCGCGCGCCGAGAAGGUUCUGCUCAUCAUCGAGGACGCCGAAUUUUCUGACGUCGAGCCCGACGACCUCACCAGCGACUUCCUGAGUGACGUCAUCCUCGGGGUGACGUCAGCGUUGGCGGCGCGGAAGCGCGCUGCGGGCGGGACCGCCAACUUCGGGCUGCUGAAGACGCGGCACAGCGCGAUCGUAUUGGAGGGGGAUCCCUCGUCGUCGAUCAGCAUCGAGGCGGUGGUCGACCCGCUGAGCCCGUCGGCGCAGAAGCUGACGUCAUUGUUGGUGCUGCUGCACGAGUGGCUAAACCCGAGCAUCAGGAUAAUCCUGAAUCCGGUCAGUGGGCUCUCAGACAUCCCGCUCAAGAACUUCUACAGGUACGCCGCUCCCUCGCGCCUUGACGCCCCCUCUCCCGCCCCCCCAGCUGUCUCCUUCUCCCACCUCCCCCCCUCCCGCACGCUCACCUUCAACCUAGACGUCCCCGAGCCGUGGCUCGUCGAAGCCGUGCAGGCUCCGUACGACCUAGACAACCUUCGACUCGAACAGCUCGGCGAAUCGCGGUCGAUGCACGCGGUCUACGAGCUGGAAGCGCUGAUGCUGACGGGGCACUGCUUCGAUUCGAAGACGCGGGAGCCCCCCCGUGGGCUGCAACUCGCGCUCGGCAGCGGGCAGAAACUAGGGGAGGGAGAAAAGUCGCCGUUUAUGGUGGAUACGAUCGUGAUGGCGAACCUGGGCUACUUUCAGCUGAAGGCCGCCCCCGGGGUGUGGAACUUGUCGCUCGUGCCCGGGCGCUCGACGGAGUUGUACGCUCUGGGGGGGGGCCGGGCAGGGGGAAUACGGAGGGGGGGAGAGCAUGGAGGUGGUGGUGAGCGAUUUCAGGGGAAAGUUGUUGCACAUGGGGGUGACAAAGCGCGCCGGGAGAGAGAAGGAGAAGCUGUUGGAGGCGGACGAGGAGGAUGGCAAGGGGGGGGUUUCGAAACCGGGGGGUGCGUCGGAAGCCGGGGAGGGGUCCAAGUGGGGGACGGUGCUGGGGCAGGCCAAGAAGUGGCUGCAAUCGAAGGGAGAGGAGCUUGCAUCAAAAAAGGUCGCCCGUGCGCCGUCAAACGAGACAGUUCAUCCGGAGAGGAGCUCGCAUCGACGGUGGUCGCCCCCGCGGCGUCCAACGAGACGAUCCACGUGUUUGCGGUGGCGAGCGGACACCUGUACGAGCGGCUGAUGAAGAUUAUGGUGCUCAGCGUCAUUAAGCAAACGCAGCGGCCCGUCAAGUUCUGGUUCAUCAAGAACUACCUCUCGCCCCGCUUCAAGGACUUCAUCCCGCACAUGGCGCGCGAGUACGGGUUUGAGUACGCGCUGGUGACGUACAAGUGGCCGUCGUGGCUGCACAAGCAGACGGAGAAGCAGCGCAUCAUCUGGGCGUACAAGAUCCUCUUCCUCGACGUCCUCUUCCCUCUCGACCUCAAGAAGGUCAUCUUCGUGGACGCGGACCAGGUCGUCCGCACGGACAUGGCGGAACUGUACGACAUGGACCUUAAGGGCGCACCGCUCGCGUACACCCCCUUCUGCGAUAACAACAAGGACAUGGACGGAUUCCGCUUCUGGAAGCAGGGCUUUUGGAAGGACCACCUUCAGGGCAAGCCAUAUCACAUCAGCGCUCUGUAUGUGGUCGAUCUGGCGCGUUUCCGUCGGAUGGCUGCGGGCGAUCAUUUGCGCGUCUUCUACGAGAGCUUGAGCAAGGACCCCAACAGCUUGGCCAAUCUUGAUCAGGAUCUGCCCAACUACGCGCAACACAUGGUGCCCAUUUACUCGCUGCCCCGCGAGUGGCUGUGGUGCGAGUCGUGGUGCGGCAACGCCACCAAGGCGCAGGCCAAGACAAUUGACUUGUGCAACAACCCCAUGACCAAGGAGCCGAAACUAGAGGCUGCUCGGCGCAUUGUGGCGGAGUGGCCCGCUCUUGAUGAGGAGCAACGACGCCUGACCGACAGGGUGGAAGCCGGCGAGUUUGAUGACGUGGCUGGAUCGGAAGAUCCGCCGACCACGGCAAGAGACAAGAAGCUGGACAGCGGGAGCGUUGAAGAGAUUCAAAGUGAUAAUUUGGAGGAAAAAGGUAACCAACGACAAGAAGAUACUGAAACGGCCGCCGAGCUUUGAGGCUCGACAUUCCAAGAGGCACAUAGGAGUACAAUCAGGAGCGGAGCAUGAGUAAGGUGAGAAUUACGGCUCAAUGUCUUGAGCAAGCCAAGUGCUAGGACCCGGCUAUGUCAUUGGCUCAUUGCCAAACUCUAUACCCCUUCAGAUCGUUGUGGAUGCUUCCGUUUGGGAGGCACUAAGGCAAGCUCGCAUGCUAAGUUGUACCAAAGCCGUUCUUGCAACAGCCCAUUGUAGUAUGUGCA